GUUGUAUGGCCAAAACAGUGGAUUGGAUUACAGCCUGAUGAAGCUUUGCAAUUUACAAUGCUUGGAUUGGGUGAUAUUGUUGUUCCUGCUGCACAACCAGCACUACUUUAUCUUUCCCCUGCUUGUAUAUUGUCUGUCCUCGCUACCGGGAUAAUGAAAAAUCAAUUAACAGAUGUUUUUAAUUAUUCUGCUGAUGAUGUCGAAAGCAAAAGCGAAGAAAAGAAGAAGAAAGACACAGGUCGCCCAGCGAAGCAAAUGUCAAGCGAAAGCGAGGGUGACGAUGGAAGUUCUAAGAAACGCAGUAUCCAGGGUGAUGACGACAAUUCUGGUGCAAGUGCCGUCCUUACUGCGGAAGAAGAAGAUUAUGUAGAAGUAUCAUCUACGUCAUCAGCAAGCGGUACUAAAAAUAAAAAGAAAAAGAAGACUUCUAAAAAGAAAUCGAGUUAA